AUGUUUUUGAGAAGUGUCAAUCGUAUUGUUGCUAGGAACAUUUUAGCUACCCCUAAAACUACCCUGGUAAAAUCAUCAUGGAGGGUUUUGACUGUUACCAACACAAAAAGAUACUUUACUCCUGCCCCUCUCAUGAGAAACCAGGAGACACAAAGAGUAGGUGAUAUUUUGCAAUCAGAGUUGAAAAUUGAGAAGGAAACUUUGCCAGAUUCAACCUCUUUAGAUUCAUUUAACGAGUUUUUAAAUAAAUACCAGUUUUCGUUGGUAGAGACUCCUGAUAAAAAUGAAGCUGAAAUUAUUAGAAGAACUGAGUCCGGUGAAACCGUUCAUGUGUUCUUUGAUGUUGCCCAAAUUGCUAACCUGCCUUACAACAAUGCAAUCGAUGAAAAUGCUGAAGCAAAUGAAGAUGGAAUCAACGAGGAUGAUUUUGAUGCCUUAUCAGACAACUUUGCCAAUGUCAAUGUUGUUAUUUCCAAGGAAAGUGCAACCGAACCUGCUAUCUCAUUUGAAUUAUUAAUGAACUUACAAGAAGGUUCGUUUUAUGUUGAUAGCGCUACUCCAUAUCCCUCUGUUGAUGCCGCUUUGGAUCAAUCUGCUGAAGCAGAAAUUACAAGAGAACUGGUAUACCAUGGCCCACCAUUUUCUAACUUGGAUGAAGAAUUGCAGGAAUCCUUAGAAGCUUAUUUGGAAAGCAGAGGUGUCAAUGAAGAGCUAGCCUCUUUUAUCAGUGCCUAUUCCGAAUUCAAAGAAAAUAACGAAUACAUUUCUUGGCUUGGGAAGAUGAAGAAGUUCUUUCACUAA